CAGGAGGAGAGGAAUUUGAGUGCCGCAACUGCUAGCAACCACGCAAGCAGUCUCCUAUACCCUCUGAAGUAUUACCACCGGCAAAGGGGGCCAAAAUUCGAUGGUGUCCCCCUGAUAUCCCAGCUCAGAAGAACGGCGACCGUACUUCAGAAACAGGGGGAUGUAGAGAGGGUGACCACGGUUGAAGACCUCAGGGCCCAGAGCAAGUGGCUGCAUUGGUAAGUCUGCUAGUAUAAAACCGAACGGAACAAUAAAAUGAAUGAAUGGCAUCCCCUAGUAAUGUUGAUGCCAGUAAGAAAAUAGUUGUGUUACCAAGGCUAGGCACCCGAACCUUAUUUUUCCAAGUGGAAUGCGUUGCAAAGUUUCAAACAACAACACAAAGAUCUCAACAUUUUGACAUCAGCCUCUUUUAAUGACUAAUGACCCACUGGCUUGUUAACAUAUCACGUGUCCCCACUUUCUCUUAAGGGAUGAGGUCCUCCAAGCCAGGGAAGCCCAGCGUUGCCGGUCUCAGCUGGCCAAAGACCGGCGGCAACGCGCUCGGGAGGCCCGUGACCUGCUGAUUUUGUCACUCUACACCCACCUCCCACCCAGCAGAGGCCUUGAGGUGCGGACAUUGGAGUUGGUUUGGGAACGCGAACUUGAAGAGCCCUUUGAGCAAGCACGGUAUCGUGACAGAAAUGUUGCCCUCGUCAAGAAGGAAGGAGGCAUCAUGCUCCACCUGGGGAUGUUCAAAACAGCCAAGCACAUUGGCGCGGAAACAAUUCCAAUACAGGUAAUUCUUAUCGUUACUUCUUCGAGUUAUGCGAACAAAAGCAGAGUUUCCCGUGGCACAUUUUCCUGACAACAAAUCGCAUUACCCCCUACCUCCCCUAUCAAAGUUCAAACGACUCGAUGGCUACGAUCAAUGACCAGGGAAAGAUAAAGGUCUGAGGAAAGCAAAAAGCUCUAAGCACGUGUCUGAAUCAAUAACGAUGAUAACAACAGCCUACUUAGCAGAUCCCCGGGGUGCAUCUUUUCCCUUCUAAAUAACAUUAUUUGCCAUUAAAAGUAAUUUAAAUUACAGGACUUCAAGUAAUUUUUCUCUGUUCCUUCCCCGCAGGUAGACAGCGAACUCUGCAGACGCUUCAAAGAGUUUGUGUCGCAAUUCAGAAGCGUGCUUCACCCAAAACCGUCCAGCAACUACGUGUUUCUGGUAAGUAUCCGUGUUAGCAGCUAUAGCUCAGCAAAAUUGUCCAGCUUGGUGAAAUAGCACUUGAAACUUGAUUAGGCAUUUUUAGGCCAAACAGGACUCUUGGGAACUGUAGGUGACAGUAAUGAGGUGUAAAAAAUGGAGUGACGAGCUCUGACUUUGGAUUCUCCUCUCUAUUUCAUUUCAGAAUUCGAAAGGUGCACCCUUCUCCAGUUCGUCGUUCACACAACAUUUACAGAAGAUGUUCGAGAACCUGACGGGAAACAAGGUCGCAAGCUUUGGGCUGAGGUCCUCUUUCGUAACCUGGGCAUAUUCGCAGAGGUAGGUCUGCAUCACUAUUGAACUGCACGUCGCCAUAAAGGUGGUGGAUCCCCGAGACCCACCAGUAACAUCACCAGACAGAGCCCGGGGAGGGGGCAGCGUGGAGAUUUCGCCGUUGACCCCCCCCAAAUUUUUGGAAUCUGUUGCUUUAAAACACUAUAGCCACACCGCUGAUAACCGUCUGUGUUCUUUCCUCUGUCUUUAGCGAAUGCGACGACCGCAUGAAAGAGAGCCUUGCCGCCUGCCUCCGACACUCCCGAGAGCAAGCCCAGAAGACGUACGACCGACGCACCGCCAACGAGAGAAAGACCAUGGCACUAGAGUUGGCCAGGCGGAAGGCCGAAGAAGGGCCAGCUGACGUCGAGGUUGCUGGGCCCAGCCACCAGCCGGCCAGCGACGAACCGGAGAUCAGGGUCGGAGACUUUGUCGGACUCGUAGCUGAGGACAGCACCCUACGGCAGCCUUCGAUUUUCCUGGGGCGUGUCCAAGCAUUCUUGCCAGAGGACCAAGUCCUCCUUCUGUGGUACAGGAACACUGCAGGGGGCAUCUAUACCCCGCACUUGGAUGGUGACCAGUGGGUGGAGUCAAAAGAGUCGCUAGUCCCCGUGAAGGUGGCCCCUGCCAAAGGGCGCGCCCAUGGCCAACGGCUGCAGACCAGCUUGCGUACCAUACACAAAGCGGUCAUGGACGGGACGAGGGAAUCCUGA